AUGCAACAUCCUUCGAAUCAACCACCCUCUUCCAACAAUCCUUCAUCCUCCUCAACGAAUGCGAACAACAAUAACACAGCAGCACUGGCUCAAAUGAUGCAAUUAUCCAUGAAUCGAGGCAGUGGUACUGGUGUUACUGGUGGUGGCACGACUCUACUUCCUGGAUCCAACAUGGCACAAUUAAUGCAAGCCUUUAAUUCUGCAGGUAACGUUGAUCCAUCCUCUGCAGCAGCUGCCAUGGUCACUAAUAUGGCUGCAUUGGCAUCUGCUCGUGGUAUCAAUCCGAGUGUAUUGGCACGAAGUGGUUUGAUGGGAAUUCCACCCGUGGGAAUGGGCAUGAUACCCAAUGUUGGUAACAAUACUAAUACUAAUAAUAAUAAUAAUAAUAACACAUCAACAACAACAAAUACAACGAGUGGUAGUGGUGUGAUCCAUCCAUCAACCUCUCAUCUCAUAUCUUCAACACAACAACAAAAUACUCAAAACAAAUGGCAUGAUGCAGUGAGUAAAGCAUCUCGUCAAAUACUUUUCAAUAAGAUUGCAGAAUUUAAACAUAAUCGACCUUUUUCUGCUGAUGAACUUUCAGAUGAUAAAAAAAGUAUUUUGAGUCAUGUGAGUAAAGAAUGGAAGUCAGCUUCUACGAAAGAACAAUUUGCAAAAAGUGUUGCUAUAUGGUUAGGAAAAGAAGGAUCAAAAACAAGUGUGGAUGAAAUGGAAAAGGCUUUAUUAGAUAUUUUGAAAAAGAAUUCAAGUAGUAGUUCUACUCAUAGUGGUAAUAAUAGUGGUAAUAGUGGUGGUGGUAAUUCGAACAUUCUUGAUCAUACUACUCAUUCAUCCACAACAGCAACUGGUGGCACUAGUACACUGACCAAAGAUAAUUCACUCUUCAACAUGAUGGCUACAGCAGCAACUUCCAUUGGAAAUAAUACUGGAAAUAUUCCCAACAUGACCAAUCCAGUUCUAUCGACCAAUACUGCUGCUGCUAGUAAACUAUUGAGUGGAAACAUGAGUGGAGUCGCCACGACCACAACUACCACCACUGGUAGCACUUCAAUACAUCCAACCACCACUGCUACUACCACCACUACUUCUACUACUACACGACUGGCAGUAAUACAAGUCAUUCUUCAACUAGUCACACAACCCACUCGAGGCCUGAAUUCUGAACUUACUGCAGAACAAAAACAACAAUAUUUACAAAUUGUGGAUUAUUUAAAACCACAUAUUCAAACAUUGACAAAUAUUAUUCAACCCUUACAAAAACAAGUUAUUUCACUUAAAAAAGCAGCAGAAGAAAACAAACUUACUCCUGAAGGAAGAAAAGAUUUAGAAAAGAAAUCCAUGUAUUUUCAGGAAUUACUUACCAUCAUUACAUUUAUCAAGGAUGAAAAUGGAUCAAGAAAGAAAUUAGAUACUCUCAAAGAACAAUCAUUGUUGGGUGCAAAACAUAUUCGAAAUUCUAUUGAUGCAAAACUGAACGCACAUGAACGAGGCACUGUACAGCCUGGACUGGGUCCAACGGCUACCACUGGCGCUACGACUACGGCUGGUACUACUACGGCGGCGGCGACGACGACUGGUACUACUACGACGGCUAGCACUGCCGCCAUGACGAGUACGACUAGUAGUAGUGGUACUGGUAGUGGUACUGGUAGUGGCACUACUUCUAGUACAACCUCUAGUGGUAGUGGCACUACUUCUAGUACUUCAAUACCACAUAAUACGAGUACAACCAUUGUAUUACCUUCCACAACAUCUUCUUCCAAAAACAUGGAUUUAGUACUUGUUCAAUUCCUUAAAGAGAAGGUUACAGAAGUAUCCAUGAUUGAAUGUUGUAAGAAAUUACAUGAAGCAAGUAUGAAUCCUCUCAAUGAAGAUGCAUUCUAUACAAGUAUUAGUGACAUGAUGAAUAAUGACAUGAUGAAUAAUGAAGAAUUAUUACUAUUGAACCAUAAGAAGAGAAAAUUGUCCAUUCCAACUGGAUUGAAAGAUCAAAAAAAGAGAAUGCAACCCACUGAUAUUCUAAAAAGGUCAUUACACUCUCUGAAAUUGAAACAAAUUCAUGUCCUUUCAGUCAAAUACAAAUUGAAUGUAGAGCAUUUGGAGGACAUGAGAUAUCAAAUCAAUUUUGUAGUAACACCUGAAGAAAAGGGAAUUCUAACGUUACCAAAUUUAUCUAUUAGUGUCAUUGUUAAUCACAAUGAUAUUCUACCUUAUUCCAUUUCAUUUAGAAAUAAUUAUCCUAACGACAAGAAUAAUGUCUUUGUAAAUAUUAGAAAAUCAUUUAAUAGUUUAUUAAUUGAAAAGACUACAAGUUUUAUCGAUCCAUCCACAACCAUGAGUGUACAUAACAAUACGUAUCAUAUUCAAAGAUGUAAUUUAUCAUUGCCAUUUAUUCUCAAUAGUUGGAUUUUAGCCAUCAAUCAAGUGAUUGACAAUGAAUUGAUGGAAUAA